AUGGCAGAAAACAACAACGAGCCCAGCCGCUCUCUUCCAUCAAAGGAUCACGAAGAACUUGCAGCUCAUGCUAGCCAUGUCAAUAUUGCCAAGACGGUACCAGGGUCUAGUCACGACGUCGAUGUGGCCAUGACUCUGUUUGACCACCCAGAUCAGAUCCACGAGCCUCGCGAUCCCACGGAAGAGCGGCGACUGGUGAGAAAGAUUGAUUUUAUGAUUUUGCCGUACCUGGCCGUGUGCUAUGCCUUCUUCUACAUUGACAAAACCACACUCUCUUAUGCUGCUAUAUUCGGAAUCAGGCAAGACCUGGACCUACAAGGGCCCAAGUACAAUUGGCUGAGUUCAAUGUUCUACUUUGGCUUUCUUGCAUGGGCCUUUCCGACCAACUUCAUGAUGCAAAAGUUUCCCAUUGGAAAAUACCUGGGCAUCAAUAUUUUUCUUUGGGGGUUUUUCUUGAUGCUUCAAGCCGCCGUACACAAUUUCGCUGGACUCAUGGUCCUUCGCUUCCUCGCCGGUGCCGCCGAGGCAUGCUCGGAUCCUUCCUUUAUGCUCAUAACCAGCAUGUGGUAUACCCGACGCCAACAACCUGUGCGUAUUGGUAUUUGGUACACUGCUAAUGGUUUGGGCAUAUCUUUGGGUGGCCUGCUCGGUUACGGCAUUGGUAGCAUCAAGGGAUCACUACCUUCUUGGAAAUACGAGUUCCUCAUCAUUGGCGCGCUAUGUUGCGUAUGGGGGAUCGUCAUGUUUGUCUUCUUGCCGGAUUCUCCAGUUACCGCCAAGGGUCUGACCCGUGCCGAAAAGCGAAUGGCGGUCCAGCGUUUGCGGGAGAACCAGACUGGAGUAGAGAACAAACAUCUCAAGUGGCACCAGGUUCGCGAAGCCUUCCUCGACGUCAAGCUAUACCUUUUCUUCCUGCUGGGACUGGUGUGCAAUGUGCCAAACGGUGGAAUCUCGAAUUUCGGAACCUUGAUCAUCCAAGGAUUCGGGUUCAGUACUCUUGUGACAACGCUGAUGCAGGUUCCCUACGGAAUAAUCAUAGCAAUCAGCAUCCUUAUUUGCGUGUACCUGAACAACAGAUUUGUCAACAAGCGGUGCCUCUUCAUUCUACUAUUCCUGCUACCAAAUAUUGCUGGUGCCUUUGGCCUCCGAUUCGUCCCGGCCAAUCGCCAGAUUGCGAGACUCAUGUGUUACUACUUGACUGGCCCGUACAAUGCCGCCUUUGUAUUGGUCUUGUCGCUGCAGACUGCGAACACGGCUGGGCACACGAAAAAGGUGGUGACGAAUGCAGUUUUAUUUCUCGGGUACUGCGCUGGGAAUAUCUCGGGGCCCUUCUUUUACCUCACUAAUCAAGCACCGUAUUAUGAGCUUGGUAUUUGGUCCAUGAUUGUGUCCCACCUGCUAGAGGUCUGUAUCAUCACCACCUUUUGGAUACUGAUGAGCCGCGAGAACAGGCGGCGCGAUAAGAUCCAGUCUGAAAUGGAAGGCGGCCUGCACGGUCGCGAUCUGGACUCUACGGCCUUUGCUGAUAUGACGGAUCGUGAGAACCUAAACUUCAGGUACAUUUACUAG